AUGAAUCUAAUCGUGAAGCUCCGCAGAAGUUUCAGAACACUGGUCAUUCUCCUGGCAACCUUCUGCCUGGCAAGUAUCAUCAUUUCUGCCUAUUACCUCUACACCGGCUACAAGCAGGAAAUGGCCCUCGUGGAAACCACCGGAGAAGCGGAGUGCGAAGGCCUCAAGCUUCUACCGUACAGGUCCGUGGAGCUGAAAACAGCUAAGCCAAUUGAUCCGUCUAAAACUGAUCCCACUGUCCUCCUGUUUGUGGAAAGCCAGUACUCCCAGCUGGGGCAAGACAUCGUAGCCAUCCUCGAGUCCAGCAGAUUUCAGUACCACAUGGUCAUCGCGCCAGCUAAGGGGGAUAUUCCCCCUCUCACAGACAGCGGAAGAGGAAAAUACACGAUUGUUAUAUAUGAGAAUAUUUUAAAGUAUGUAUCCAUGGACUCGUGGAAUAGAGAGCUUCUGGAAAAAUACUGUGUGGAAUACAGUGUUAGCAUAAUUGGUUUUCAUAAAGCCAACGAGAACAGCUCCCCAAGUACAAAACUGAAAGGAUUGCCAUUACAUCUUUACAAUAAUGUAGCCCUCAAAGACUGUGUGGUAAACCCUCAGUCUCCCCUGCUGCGCAUUACCAAAGCGCCAAGGGUUGAGAAAGGUCCACUGCCUGGCGAAGACUGGACAGUCUUUCAGUUUAACCAUUCCACCUAUCAACCUGUGCUUUUAACCGAACUGCAGACCUCCAGACCACCCCCCACGGCAUUGCCAAAGGCUGCUCUGUAUGCAACAGUCAUCCAAGACUUGGGGCUUCAUGACGGGAUUCAGAGAGUCCUUUUUGGAAACAACCUGACCUUCUGGUUGCACAAACUGAUCUUCAUUGAUGCAAUCUCUUUCCUGUCGGGGAAGAAGCUCACACUGUCCUUGGAUAGGUACAUUCUGGUUGACAUAGAUGACAUCUUUGUUGGGAAGGAGGGAACGAGGAUGAACAUCAACGAUGUGAAGGCUUUACUAGAGACUCAAAAUUUACUGCGCACUCAGGUUGCAAAUUUUACCUUCAACCUUGGAUAUUCAGGAAAAUUUUACCACACAGGGACUGAAGAGGAAGAUGAAGGCGAUGACCUGCUGUUGAGAUCUGUGGAUGAGUUUUGGUGGUUUCCCCAUAUGUGGAGUCACAUGCAGCCUCACCUCUUCCACAAUGAGUCGUCACUGGUGGAGCAGAUGAUCCUCAACAAAGAAUUCGCAAUAGAGCACAGCAUACCGACUGGCAUGGGGUACGCAGUAGCUCCGCACCACUCCGGGGUCUACCCGGUUCACAUCCAGCUGUACGAGGCCUGGAAGAAGGUCUGGCACAUCCGAGUGACCAGCACAGAAGAAUACCCACACCUGAAGCCUGCACGGUACAGACGGGGCUUCAUCCACAAUGGCAUCAUGGUGCUCCCUCGACAGACCUGUGGCCUUUUCACUCAUACUAUUUUUUACAAGGAAUAUCCUGGGGGUCCUCAUGAGCUGGACAAAAGUAUCCGAGGAGGUGAACUCUUCCUCACCAUUCUCCUGAAUCCCAUCAGCAUCUUCAUGACCCAUUUGUCUAACUACGGGAACGACCGCCUGGGCUUAUACACCUUUGCGAACCUAGCCAACUUUGUUAAGAGCUCGACUAACCUGAAACUGCAGACGCUGCCCCCAGUUCAGCUGGCUCAGAAGUACUUUGAGCUCUUCCCAGAGCAGACGGACCCUCUUUGGCAGAAUCCGUGUGAUGAUAAACGACACAGGGAUAUUUGGUCCAGAGACAAAACUUGUGACCACCUACCCAAAUUUCUCGUGAUAGGACCCCAGAAAACAGGAACAACAGCGCUUUAUUUAUUUCUUCUGAUGCAUCCUUCCAUUAUCAGUAAUCUCCCUAGUCCAAAAACUUUUGAAGAAGUUCAGUUCUUCAACGGAAACAACUACCACAAGGGAAUUGACUGGUACAUGGAUUUCUUCCCCUCUCCUUCCAACAUCACCACCGACCUCCUCUUUGAGAAAAGUGCCAACUAUUUCCAUUCUGAGGAAGCCCCUAAGCGAGCUGCUUCCCUCAUCCCCAAGGCCAAGAUCAUCACCAUCCUCAUCGACCCAUCCGAUCGGGCGUAUUCCUGGUACCAGCAUCAGCGAUCCCACGAGGACCCUGCUGCCCUGAAAUUCAAUUUUUAUGAAGUCAUUACGUCCAGCCACUGGGCGCCCUCGGAGAUAAGGACUCUCCAGAAGAGAUGCCUGACACCCGGAUGGUACGCUGUCCAUAUCGAAAGAUGGUUAACUCAUUACCCUGCUUCACAGUUGCUUAUUAUCGAUGGACAGCAGCUAAGAAGUGACCCAGCUACUGUGAUGGAUGAAGUGCAGAAGUUUCUUGGAGUUUCUCCUCAUUAUAAUUACUCUGAAGCUCUAACGUUUGACCCUCAGAAAGGCUUUUGGUGCCAGUUAUUGGAAGGAGGGAAAACAAAGUGCCUGGGAAAAAGCAAAGGUCGAAAAUACCCGCCAAUGGACCAAGAGUCUCGAGCGUUUCUGUCGAGCUACUACAGAGACCACAACGUGGAGUUGUCCAAGCUGCUGCACAGGCUGGGGCAGCCCCUGCCCUCCUGGCUGAGACAGGAGCUGCAGAAGGUCAGAUAG